AAUUAAAUAAAUAAAUAAUCUGAAUUAAGAGAACAAGUGAGAGUUUGGAAGCUUAAAUUAUCCAUAACAGAAGGUAAGAAUUACUAUCAGAUAGUCGCAAAAGAUUUGUUGAGUCCAUUGGAGCUCAAUUGUUUGUGAUUUCAUAUGCUCGGAAGAAGGAACGCGUCAAUUCAACACCCACCGACUCUGGAUGCAGAAAUGGAGUCGACUCUUCAACAAAUAGUCGAUUUAAAGUUAGUGGAGAGCGGAGAAAAAGAGCGAUUGAAGGAAGUAUUACUAGAGAGGCUCGUGGAAUGUGGCUGGAAAGAUGAGAUGAAAGCCCUCUGCAGGGAGUUUGCAAGGAAGAAGGGAAGGGAUAAUGUAACUGUUGAUGAACUUGUGAAUUUCAUAACUCCAAAAGGAAGAGCUUAUGUGCCAGAUUUAGUAAAAGCAGAAAUGCUGCAGCGAAUUCGCACAUUUCUUUCAUCAACGGCUACUUGAUGUGGAAGAAAGAGUUGUGCAACACUGAGAUGCCCUCUGGGAGUUGGAAGAGCAAGUUGGGCAAUAGGCGUUCGAUGGAGGAUAGAUUGGCUGUUAUUAAUCGCUGGCUAGAAGUUGACAUUUCCAAUAUAUCACUCAAACGGUACGUCUAAACAGAGAUUGGCUUGUUGGUGAAUCGAUAUAGCUUAUAUUAUUAAUUUGUGUUGUGAUUAGUGAAUGUUAUUAGCUGUAGGGUGUAGCUUUCCUUGCAUGUUAUUGGAUGAUGUUGGGAAAUAACAAAUACUAGGGAGAUUUCAAUUGGGCGAUAUAGGCCACAUAAAUAUCAUGGCAUUGGUUAAUUAUCAUGGCAGAAAAUGGAAUGUUGAGGAAGAAAA